CCGUUAGAGGCCGCUGUGGUUCAAAGGAGAUUUACGACAGCUCUUUUCGCUUGACGGCUGAUGAUGACAUGUCAACAGAAAACAUGGCUGCCAGCAGCAACUAUUGGGAAGAUUUGCGCAAACAGGCCAGGCAGCUAGAGAAUGAGCUGGAUCUCAAGUUGGUCUCCUUCAGUAAGCUCUGCACCAGCUACAGCAGUAGUAGCAGCAACCGAGACCAACGAACAAGAGACACCAGGUCUGAUUCUGUUGGCUCAUCACAUGACAAUAUGCUUGUGGCUAUGACUACAGAACUGGAGCAGCUCUUGGCUAAACUUACAGCUGUCAAUGACAAAAUGGCAGAGUGUAUAAACACACCAGGAGCGUCGUCACAUAAUGCAGCAAUGAUGCACACUCUACAGAGACACAGAGACAUUUUACAGGACUACACUCAUGAAUUUCACAAAACCAAAACCAACUUCUUCAGCCUACGAGAGCGAGAGGACCUCCUGGGCUCAGUUCAUAGAGACAUUGAGUCCUACAAGAGCGGCUCAGGCGUGAAUAACAGAAGGACUGAGCUCUUCCUGAAGGAGCAUGAACAUCUCAGAAACUCAGAUCGUCUCAUUGACAACGCAAUCAGUAUCGCCAUGGCUACCAAAGAGAACAUCACCUUUCAGCGCGGGAUGUUGAAGUCCAUUCAAACCAGGGUCACCACUUUGGCCAACCGUUUCCCCACCAUCAACAGUCUCAUCCAGAAAAUCAAUUUGCGUAAGAGGCGGGACUCUUUAGUUCUUGGAGCCGUGAUCGGCAUCUGCACCAUCCUCCUCUUGCUCUACACGUUCCACUGAUUCACCGCUCCGACCACUGACAACAAGAAUCAUUGAAAUACACCGGCUGUUUGUCACUUUUUAUGUUAUCAUCAAAUGCAAACGUUAAGAGAUUAUUUUAUUAUGGAAAGAAAACUAUAAUGCACUAAAAGUCUAAUAAUGAGAGUGAGGUGGCGUGAGCUCUGUCUGGGGAGGUUAAUGCUUUACUGCUUGGUGAGGAUGAUGCCGUCUGAGGAUUUAUACUGUAUAUUGCACCUGUGAUUUUAGCUCUUGGAGUCAUAUUAUACUGGGACUGUGUACUGAUAACGUUUUAUACAGAACUGACAGUGCUUCGUAAAAUAAAGAUGAGCUCAUGUUGCAGUUCA